AUGUUAGGAACAACUACACAAUCCAUAUUUGUUCUUCUCUUUGUUUUCAUAUGUACCUAUUUUUCAUCACAUUCUAAUGCUUACCCUUUAUCAACCCACAGUAGAUGGAUCAUGGAUGAUUCCACAGGACAACGUGCCAAGUUGGUAUGUGGCAAUUGGGCUGGUCACCUUAAACCAAUGAUCCCUGAGGGUCUUGAUAGAAGGCCAUUGAAGGACCUUGUUACUGAGCUUGUGGAACACAGGUUCAACUGUGUUCGUCUCACGUAUGCAAUUUACAUGUGGACACGUUAUGGCCAUGACAAUGUGAUUGACACAUUUGCCUCUUUGGAUGCACCAGAGGUGAUUGAUGGUAUUGCCAAAAACAACCCUUCAGUGUUGAGCAUGACACAUAUUCAAGCCUUUGAUGCUGUGGUUCAUGAACUUGGAGUUCAGAAUGUGAGAGUGUUGCUUGAUAACCAUGUCAGUGAGCCAAAGUGGUGUUGUAAUGAUGAUGAUCAGAAUGGAUUUUUUCAUGAUAGACACUUUGAUCCUCAAGAAUGGGUGCAUGGCCUUACUUUGGCAGCCAAACACUUCAAUGGAAAUCAUGCUGUUGUGGCAAUGAGUUUGAGGAAUGAAUUGCAUGGUCCACGUCAAAAUUUGAAUGAUUGGUACAAGUACAUGAGUCAAGGAGCACUAGCCAUCCACAAGGCAAACCCAAAUGUCCUUGUGGUUAUCUCAGGUUUGAACUAUGAUACCGAGUUAGAGUUUUUAAGGAAUAGGCCAUUGAAGAUAGAUUUGGGGAAGAAAAUGGUAUUUGAGACACAUUUGUACUCAUGGUCUGGAAUUGGGACACUCAAAUUGAAGGAGAUUUGGACUAAGCAACCAUUGAACAGGAUAUGUGCCAAUAGCAUUAAGGGGUUAGAUUAUAGAGUAGGGUUCCUCACCAUUGGUAAGAAUGCAACCCCUUUAAUCUUUACAGAGUUUGGGUUCGACCAGACAGGUUCUUCAGUGGAAGACAACAGGUUCUUGACUUGCCUUCAGACCUAUCUUGCUGGUAGAGAUCUGGAUUGGGGUUUGUGGGCAUUUCAAGGUGACUACUAUGUAAGAGGAGACAAAAUUCAAGUUGAAGAGUCAUUUGGUGUGAUGGAUGCCACUUGGGAUCACCUUAGAGACCCAAAUUUCACUGACAAGUUCCAACUUAUUCAAAGGAAGAAUCAAGAUCCUACUUCUAAGGUCCCCAUUGCAUAUAUCUUGUACCACCCAUUAUCUGGUCAAUGUGCCCAAGUGAAUGACAAGAAUGAACUUGAAGUUGGUAGUUGUGAUAACCAAAACAGAUGGAUUUAUGGUGGAAAUGGGUCUCAAAUCCUUUUACAAGGCUCUAAGAAGUGCUUAACUGCCUCUAGUGAAGGGCUUCCAGUUGCUGUUUCUGAUGAUUGCCAAAGCAAGAACAGUUCUUGGAAAUCUGUAUCACUGUCUAAACUUCACUUGGCGACUAUGGAUCAAGAUGGAGAACAAAUAUGUUUGCAGAAGAAUUCCAACUCAUCCAUCAUUGUAACUUCAAAAUGUAUUUGCAUAGAAGAUGACUCUCUAUGUCUGAAUGAUCCCCAGAGCCAGUGGUUCCAGCUUGUUCCCACCAAUGUAUAA